GUUGCCAAACAGCGAUGUAACGCACGAUCCAAAAGCAGAAAGCAAACUUCAUUAUUCACUAUACCAGUAGUUGAUUUCGAUUGUCGAACAGCUUUCACCCGAUAAAUAGGAGAGUAAUAAUAAUAAAAGAAAAUGUGCAAAAAAGCUUGGUCCAUUUUGAUGCGCGCCAGAAUGAAGCCCAACGAUCGUACAAAUCUUUCUCUCUCUCCCAUCCCUCUAGCCCUUGGACUUUGUUUCUUGUUGAUUUGUGGUUCUUUCGAUUCGAUGAAUACACAACAGAACGCGACGAGUCAAACGCAGCAGCAGAGUUCCCGCCAAAACGGAUCUCCAGGUGAAGGAAAUGCGCUGCCUAAUGACUCCGGCAACUCCGAGAGAGAGUUUAAGCGUGUCCGUUCCUCAAUGCACUCUGCUAUAUCAAUGAACAAAACAGAAGUUCUGGAUGAUGUUCUUAACAACUUCUCGGAGGGUUAUUUUAGUCUUUCUCAUGAAAACCGUCGCAAGUUGCUCCUUGUCCUUGCCAGAGAGUAUGAUCUCAAUCGAUCACAAGUGCGUGACCUGAUAAAGCAGUACCUUGGACUUGAACCACCUGCUGACAAAACUCAAGUGAGUGGCUCUGAAGAUGAAGGCUUGUUUUCUCCUUUCUAUCGCAUUGAGAGGAAUUUGAGGCAUGCCCUUCAGCCAGUUUAUGAAGUUCUUUUUGAGCGUCUCAACACUCAUCCAGGAGGGUUGAGGAUCUUAUCCAUUCUUCGAGAAGAUAUCCUAACCAUUCUAGCAGAGGAAAAUAUUGCAUCUCUGAGAGCAUUGGAUUCUUAUUUAAAGGAAAAAUUUGUUACAUGGCUUAGUCCUGCUGCCUUAGAGCUUCACCAGAUUACAUGGGAUGAUCCUGCUUCUUUGCUGGAGAAAAUUGUUGCUUAUGAAGCUGUUCACCCAAUUAGCAACCUUCUAGAUCUCAAGAGAAGGCUAGGAGUUGGCCGUCGUUGUUUUGGGUAUUUACAUCCAGCUAUUCCUGGUGAACCCCUAAUUUUCAUUGAAGUUGCACUGCUGAAGGAUGUUGCUCAGACUAUACAGGAAGUUUUGUGGGAUAGUCCUCCUAUACCUGAAAGUGAGGCAACAUGUGCCUUGUUCUACUCUAUAUCAUCAACUCAGCCAGGCUUAGCAGGGAUCAACUUAGGAAAAUUUCUUAUCAAACGAGUUGUAACACAGGUGAAAAGAGAGAUGCCGCACAUUUCUACCUUUGCAACUCUGAGUCCCAUCCCGGGAUUCAUGUCAUGGCUUCUAUCCAAGUUAGCAGCAUCUCAGACACCACUUGCUGAAGGAGGCAAUUUGUCUCAAUCACAAGCCGAGGAAUCUAGUUCCACUUUCUACGAAAAUAUACUUGAACCCGAGGAAGAAGAAUCACUUAUGAGUUUAUCUAAGGAUAUUGCAUCGGGAAAAAAUGGAAUGGAUUUGAUGUUCAACUUGCUUACUUCUACAUCCUCUAAGUGGAUCCAUUCUCCAGAAAUUCGUUCAGCAUUAAAAGCCCCAUUGAUGCGUUUGUGUGCCAGGUACCUUCUGAAAGAGAAGAAAAGAGGAAAAGCUUUGGACUCUGUAGCAAAUUUUCACUUGCAAAAUGGAGCGAUGGUUGAAAGAAUUAAUUGGAUGGCUGAUCGAUCAGAAAAGGGUCUUUCUCAAAGUGGAGGGAUCAUGGUGAACUAUGUAUAUAGGUUGGAUCACAUAGAAGAAUAUGCCCAUUCAUACUUCAGCAAUGGUGAAAUUCAUGCCUCAAGUGAUCUACAUCGCUAUGUUGAUGAAGCGGAUACUGCUUAGUAUCAAUUCAAAUUUGAUAGAAGAUAAACUUCAACGUAUUUUCAACAAUAUCAUAUGUGCAUGUGCUUUGGAAACAAAUCUCGUCGGCAGCGGACAACCUUAUUAACACUAACCUUUACCUUUUUCUGUCUCAACCUCUUUGCUGUCAUCUGCAGCCACAAUGACAAGUAAUUGUGAAGUCUGCUAGAUCGGAGCAUAAUGGAAGAUUUUAUUUAAACAAUAGGACAAAUGCAUUGAACUCUAAAACCGAGGAUGCUUGUAUCUUUAAUCAUUGAUUCCUUCUGCCGGAGAACAUUGUGUUGCCAAUCCAAUUCUUUGGCAAAAUUGGGUAGGAGACAGCUUCUUAAACUGCACUACUUUAUUUGGUCAUAGCACGAGAGGUGAGAAGUAGACUAGUUAUAUUGAAUAGGCUAUGCUUGGUAAACCUCAAGCUAUACAUCUGAUGUGAUAUUUGUAGUUGGUAUUCGACAAUAACAAACCCUAUAUCUUAGUGAAGAUGGUGAUUUUGGCUGUGUUGGUUAGAAAUCAUGAAGUGUAAACUGUAAACCAUCAAAGAUAAACUAUUUCGUUGAACAUUGAGGAUUAAAAGUAAUGCUUGUUGCUUGUUUGUUUCA